GAAUGGUGGCCAAGUGGACAUGAAUGAGCUCGCUGCAAUAAGUUUUCAAAUUGUCUUCGUCUAAAACGUUAUUCACAACUGAACAUCAGGUAAUCAGAGAAAUAAUAUUAACAGUUAUUCUAUUUUGACCUUUGAUUGAGAAUAGAUCCCUACAGAAAACAUAAUUUUCGCGUUUAAUGCAGACCAUUUGAAAAGUUGUACUACAAACAUUUCUGAAAUUACAACAAGCUUCCUAAUUUUGCCAUCUGUUGUACAAAUUUCAAUUUUAACUCAGUAAUCUGUUGAAUUUUUGUUAGUAAUUUGCAACAACCUUGAGCUUAAAUCUGAAGGAAGCUUGUUAGGGGAGAAAGCUAUCGUAAUUAUUGGAACAAAUGUAACUUCGAAUGUACUUCUUUUAACACAUAUGAUUAUUGUACUUACCAGUACUUGGAAAUAUGCAAUAUAUCGCUUACGAUUAUGGUUUUUAUUUGAAAACAAGUUAGAAUCGAAGGGAUCGCUUUAUUACUUGGUAUUUGGGUAGUUACAAUAUUUUUUGUGAAAUCAGUUUGAAAAGUAAACUUUUAUUUUUUCUUGUCAGGUUUUGGGAUUUCAAAAUGUUGUCAAAUGUGGAUACUAUACACAUAUCAGCAGUACUGGAGGACUGUGUAGAUCAGCUGGCAAUCCUGGGUCACAUCAUGCCACCAUCUCUACAGGGGAAACAAGAGGCUGCCCAAAUUGUUGAUGAUGAGCUAGGCCAAAUUUUACAGGAUCAGAGAGAUUUAGAAUCCAGAUAUGAAGUGGUAAGGAUUGAAAAAAAGAAACAAAGAAAGAUUUUGUGUGAUUUUGUCUUACGGGUGGGACACAGAAGCAUACUCUGAGCCUCCUGUUAGGUCAGUCAAACCACAGAUCUACCAAUUUUACAAUUUUUACUUAAUCAAAAAAGGUAAGGGAUCUGCGACAUAGCAUUAGGUUAUAUACAGUCCAACCUGUAUUAGGUGGUAACCCACAGAUAAGGGGUAUUUUAAAAAAUGAUGGAGAAUACCACUUUCUGUCAUGAUUGACCACUUACUAUACAGAAUCUUGCCCAAAAAUACUUGUUAUUGAUUUCGAGAGAGAAAUUAACAUGGAUUAGAAAUUACUUGAAAGAUUAUUCUUAGUUUUAUUUGAAUAGUUUGACUUUCAGUGAUCGUUCAAUAUAAGUUGAAGACAAUGAAUAGAGGCCAUUGGGACUGAGUAAAGGGUGAUAGGGAACAGUUAACCCUUUCAGUCCCAAGAUCUGAUUGUUAAUUCUCCCCUCUAGCAGUAACACAUCUCCUUUUUAAUUAGUUACAAGAAUUUGGUGUUGGAUCAGGAUAACAACUUCCACCUGAUUAGUUUGAGUUUUCUUACUACCUGUGUGAGGGUUAAUGUAUGGAUACUGUAGAGAGAAGUUACAAAUCAAUACUUUUUGGAAGUUAAAGGGUUAAUUAAGAGAUGAAAAUAAUAGUGACUAAGGGGAAAUAAAUUCUGACUCUGAAAACCGACCGCUUAAUACAGUGUGACAGCUUGAUACACUGCUGCCUAAUACAGGUUUGACUGUACUUGAAAAUGAGAACUUGGCAGCAUCCACUGGAGCUCUUCCUCUUUUCCACAGUAAAUGUGUCAUAUUUUUUAUGUAUAGGAGAAAAAUUUUGAAUAUUCAAUCAAAUGUACAUGUGUUCAUAGAAGUAUUCAGUUGGGACAAACAGAUUUUGCAAGGGUUAAAUUGUUUAGUCAUUUGAUACUUUCAUUGCUGUGUUUUUCCUGUUGUGUUUUAUUGUAUUUGCAGUAUGUAAACUUUGAGUAUUAAGCUUCAAAUUUCCUCUAAACUAAAAAUUUAUUUUUCCCAGCUUGUUAACCAUAGAGAUGACCCCCAUACAAAUAACAAGAGUUUGCUAAAAGUACCAGAUGAUCUGCAACUACAUUCUGUGGCCAAGUCAUUACGAGAAAGUACAAAUGGUAUGUAAAUGGUUCCAGGUAUAAUUUUCAGUGCCAGGUGAAUAAGGAUAUGAUUACAAGGUAACACAUGCAAAUUUGUACCUUGAAUUUAACCAGGGCCACAAUGUUCAAAGCAUGAUUAAGCUAACUAGGGGUUGGGUGAAAAUUUUUUUUUUAGAUUUGUAGCUUUGCAGACAGUUCUAUACAACAAUUAUUGUUUAUAUUUUUCCUUCAAUUUUAUUGUAACGAAAGGAAAAAUGCUUCAAAACAUGAGUCAUAAUUUACUCUUUAUUUAAAGACAAAUCAAGGAAAAGUUAAACCUUUAAUACUAGAUUAUCACUGCAUAUCGUACAACUUGGCUCAGGCUGGUUUAGCAUUUGAACCAGGUAACAUUGUUCUUGGACCCUGAUUUUAACUUGAAAACUCAGAACUCAGAUGAAUCCAGCCACUCAGAUACAUAAGUUAUAAAGAUUGGUCUGUCUAUGACAUAUGGGAUUAUGAGGGAGGGGGGAAGGAUUUGUGAUCAAUGUUUGACAGUUCACCAACGGAAAGAUGCGCCAUCAGUUGGAUUAAUUUAAUAUUUGCAGAGUGAACAUUGUCUUGUUAACUUCAAGUCAGACCCAAAUCAGACUUUCUGUUAACUCACUCCUCUACAUGUUUGAGAUUCUUUUUCUUCACAAGAGAGAAAAACAAUACUAACAGCAAAUCAAAGUUAGAUUUACGGAUACUACUUAUACUGCUACACAAUAAUAUCAUAAUUUAAGUAACCAUAUUUGUAAAUAAAUGUAUUGUGCUAACAUUUACUGCAAAAUGUUUCUUUUGCAGUUUAUUUUUCAGUCAUUUAUUGUCUACUAACUUAAAACUUCAAAAAUUUUAGCUGUUUUUCAUCUUUGGAAGUUCAAGUUUAUGGGGUAUGACUGUAAACAAACUUAGACACUUCAAUCAUUGUAAUCUGAUCUCUUUUUUGUUCCUGUACAGCACUGAACAGAAGUUUCAAACAGAACCCCUUGUCAAAUGACAGUCUGUCAAAAAUUCAAGCAGAUAGGUAAAUAAUACUGUUUAUUUGUAAACAGCCAAGAAGUGAUGUCUUUAUACAACUUUGCAAAGUCGGCCAGCCUUUGAUUUGCCCACAUGUAAAUCAGGAAAAAUGGUUGAACUACACAAAGUUGAGACUUACCUCUUUACACCCAACAUCAGGGUGCAUAUUCUCCUCACUGCUCAAAGGUGCUGAUAAGGGGAAUUUACUAAUGAUCAGGAGCUUCUUAAGACAAUGAUAAUUUUUUUCAUUCUUCUUACCUUAAUGAUUGAUUUAAGGGUCACCUACUGUAAGGAGAAAUUAGAAACUUAUCACUCGUAGCGCUUUGAGAUGUUUAACAGCUGGUUUUACAAAGUUAGGAAACUUUGGAAAGAAAAUUCACACAAUAUUUGCAACCAAGUAUUUCUGAUAUAUUUUUUUUAAAGAUGUAACAAAGCAUUCUUGACUAUUUACACCCUAACAUCAGCAUGUAUAUUCUUCAUACUGUUCUCUACACAUUUCUUAAGGUACAGACAAGGUAUAAUUUGUUGAACAGUCAAGGGCUGCUUUAGUUAGUGACCAGUGCCUCUCUUCUAUUGACCCUACUGUGUGAUUCAGGGGUGAUCCCAGAAGGAGAAAUUAGAUGCUAGUCACCCUUAGCAGUUUAAAAGGGUAAAUGCUGAUUCAGUCUGUGGUAAAUGUAAAUACGGUCAAGGUCAAGGAUUCUUGAUUUUCUAUAGGAAAUUUCUGCAAGAUGUGAUGGAAGAGACGCUUGAAGAGAUUGUCACCCACAAGUCGUUUGACUCUCUUGUAAGAGCUGUUGAUACAGAGAAAGAAAAGAAAGCUGGGCUUCAACAAACUAUACUCAAGUAUGUUGCAUUACUGUUGACUGUAAAUGGAUGCUGGGAAUUUUUUAACCUCAUUGGGGGAUUUCAAUUUUAAAAAAAAUUUUUAUUGUUGUGAAAAUUUAUAGGGAGGAAGAAAGUCGCAGACUUGUGAAAACUCUCCAAAGGCAACUGUUGGAGGUGAAAAAAGAAAAAGAAAGUGAAAUUCAGGUAAGUUCAAUAGUUUGAUAUAACUAUGUCACACACUGUUACUUACAGACUAAACCGCCUUUACACCCCAACAUUUAUAUCCAUGUUCAACACACUGUUCUCUCAUUAAAUUUUCUAUGGUUAUGGCUAGAAGAAUUUUUCUUGAAAAUCAGGUACUUCUUAAAUUCGUGAUCAAUUGCAUUUUUAUCCUGACCUUUACAUUUGAUUCAAGGGUGAUAUUGUAAGGAGAAAUUAGGGGGCAGUCACUCUUAGGGGUUAAAGGUUAAUUAAAUGGAAUAGGGUUUCCCGUUUUGCAUCAAAUGUAACCAGCACUUGUAUGUGCGUGCGUGUUUUUUUAUUACUAAUUUAAAAACAAAACAAAAUUGCAGCAAAGAAAUGAGAUGAUAGCCCAUCUUAAAGAUCAGUUACAAGAAAUGAAGGCAAAAACCAGCAUGGAAGGAAAGUACAUCAAAAAAGACGCAGAGGUGAGAAUCGUAGACUCUAUUCAUCACCCGUUUUAUAAAACAUUCAUAAAAUAUUUAAACUUUAAACUUCCUUUUACCGCGAAACGAUCGACUUAGUGCUAGCCAAACUGUUUCCUUCUCUUUCUUGACCUAAACAAGCCUCUGUCACCAAAUAAUGUAUGUAGUUCGGAGUCUCGAGUCUUGAAUAAGAUAUAUAGUUUUUCUGUUUAGCUUCUUGGACGGAGUGUCCUUUUGAACCGGAAGUCUUUCUGAACAUUAGUAUGACAGUAGUGAUGCGUGGUUUAUAUCUGUGGUACUUAGAAUCUUUUAAAAUUAUUCUUAGUAGUUUGUAAGAAUUCGCUAGGUCUAGCUUGAUGAGGUAGAUAUAUCAACAUCUUUAAUAAUUUUCUAACGUUAAAAAGGGAGCGAAAUGAGUGGAAUUUGUACUAAGUUCCCCACAGUUUUAAUUUCCUUUAAGUCUCCAACCCCUUAGGGAAGUGGCAUACUACCUUUCUGGUGACCGAAGUAUCGAGCAUCAGAAUGGGCUGAUCUUUAAAAAACGCAAGCCUAUGUUGAGAAAACUGUAAGAAGCAAGACAUUCUAGUCUUCUCGGGCACGCGCAAUAAACUGUAGGCCCCGUAUAUAACUUAGUAUCGAUUUAGGAUAGUGAAUCACUGCUCAUCUUUUAUUUAAAUGUUCUUGCCUUUGGUAUUUUUUCAGGUUCGCGUCAGCUGCACACAAAAAAGAUGCCAACAGGCGGAGGGCUCUUUGAAGGAAGAUCUCGAGGUAAAGUUUACAUGUGUCAAAAAAAAAAGAGUAAAUAAGUAAAUAACGAGAGAAUUGCAGUGUGUUGUGUGUUGGUUUGAAUAAAACAACAAUUUUGGGUGGAAGCGACCUUUAGGUGCGGAGUAAGCGAACUUUAUCAGAGAGGUUUUUGAGACGCGGACAGCAAAUGGAAGAAGAAUAAAACUAAAUCUAGUGCGCUUUAAAGCUAAUGUAUUUACCGUAAGGUCUUCGUUUUGCCAUUAUAAACCAAACGAUACUGACUAAGCACCAGGAAUGUUAACUUAACGUACGGCUGCCGGCUGCUGCUGUCUGCUUCUCAAAAACCUUAGUAGUUACGCUCCCUAAUGUCAAGUUAUUGAAGUUAUUGCUUAUUUUCUAUUUUUAUUUUUAUUGUUUCUUUGUAAUAUCUGUCGCGCAAUUUACUUUGCCGUCCGGAAAAAGGUUUUUUUGUCGAAAACGUAAAAAAAGCUGUACCACGCUUCCUUAUAGAACUCACGAUUUAUUGCUUGAUUCAACAAUUUUUGCUACUACGCUACGGUUGACUCCCUCUCACAACUCUCGGCUUAUUAGAAGGAAACACACUUAACGUCUCGUUGCAAGCACAUGGAACAGUGCCAUAUAUGGGACGAUAAAACACGUGCCGCAUACAUGUUUGCUUAGUUACGUAUAAAUAAACGAAAUCCCUUAUAAAUGUCGAUCAAAUUGAGAAUAAUUAACGUAUCGUACAGUUUCCAACAUUUCUUGCUCUUGUCCGCAGCUCCAUAGCUGAGUUCUAUUUUCUUUCUUAUUGACAGACAUUGCGUUACAAAAUAGACGAAGAAGCUCGAGUUAAUUCUGAAAUUGAAACUUAUCUACGGCAACAUCACCAGGUAAGCUACUAUUAACUUGAAACAACCGAAAAUUUCCCAAGAAACAGAGGACUACCUUUAAUAUAAAGAUUUAGCCAAACCUAAAAGCGGAGCUCGCAUUUUUUUUUUCCCGCACGUCUCAAGGGCACUGCGCCUUGCCCCGACCAGGACUAGAACCCGGGUCGUCCGACUCGGAGCCCAGUGCAUCGACCACUGGACCACUGGACAAAGCCGUGGCGUUGGCGUGCCUGCGGUACAGUUGACCACGCAUGUUAAAAGUAGCACCUUGUGUGGUAGUACGGUCGUACGGUCUUACGGUCGUACAUCCAAAUUUUUUCGGCUUGAUGGGUUACUACUAUUUUGUAUGAUUAUGGAGCUACGCUUUGCGAGCUCCGCUAUUAGUAGUGCAAGAUAAUUUGGUUUCUCAACUGAGUUGAUAAUGUAAAUUGGCCAAACGCUUCGCUUCGAGCGUUACCCCUUCUUCGGAGCGAAGUUAGUUUUAAUAUGUUAGGGAAGGGUUUCAGUAGCAUGAAGUCAUAAGGCGUAUUACUGCUCUCCCCUGGAUGGGAUGCCGCUUCAUCUACGGUUUUCCCCGCCAGCAUUUCCGCAGGCUUCCCUGACAAUUCGCCGUUUCCUAUUCAUUCUCUUGGGUGGAGAGAGUCACUUUGAGGGUGCCCAGAACCCAGACCUCUCGACCUGGAUGUAGAAAAUCUCUAUCGUUUUUAAAUUUCAAGUAGCAAUUUUUCUCUUCCUCUUUCCUCUUUGUAUUCUUUAUAUAUUCACGCGCGGCGCGCGUGAUUUCAUAAAUUAGCCAAUUACGUCGAAGAACUCUAACCUUGACAUUGAAAAACUGACGUGGACAUUUUUCGCGUACUUUUAGUUUUUUUCGCGAGGUUUCAGUUUGUUGUUUUUAGCUUUUGUUCCCGUUAAUUUGUUACUCCUUUGUUUGAAAUUUUAAGAAGGAUCGGAGUUUUUAUUUUAGCCAAAUGUUGUGCUUCGUUUGAAAAGUUUCAUACACAUUUUCCACGGAGUUUGGACUCUAGCCGUAAAUGGAUUUUUUACACUGGAGUCCAGGUCGCUAACCGUCAGAAAAAGGAAAACUUUUGUUUGAUAAGCUUUCUUUUUUAUUCGUAGAUACUGGAAGAGAAAAUGGAAUACUGGAUGGAAAAAUACGAUCGAGAUGUGGAACAGAAACAACACGAGUUGGAUGUUUUAAAGGUUUGUAGCCUAAAUCGUUUUUCUUCAAGGCGAGUAAGGAAGCACAGCAGAGUAGAGAAGGCUACAGUGUCUAAAUGAAUGUAUUCUGUCAAAUGGAUGUCAAAAGUAAUUCAGAACUUUAGUUUUUCUUCACUACGCACUGUGAUUGGUCAAGAGAACUUACGUCAUCCUUGUAACUAAUCAGAUGCAAAAUGAAAACCAAUCACAACCUGAUCACUCGCGUUUUCCCACGCUUCAGGCACCUCACGUGUACUAUAUCUUAUUUUUUUUUUGGCCCUUUUGGUAACUUGGGAGUAGUGACAUCAUUUAAUUUUACAUCUCAAUUUGAAUUUCAUGCUUGAAGGCAUCCAAGGCAAAUGAUCUCGCAAAGCUUCAGGAACUCACUCAGAAGGUAAAAAAAAUGUGAAUUACUUUUCUAGGCUUUCUCAGUGUUAAGCACCAUUUUCAAGUAUCCUUAAAAAAUAACCAAGAAUUUCGAUCACAUCGUUCUAUUUUGCCAUUUUCUGUCCGUGUGAGGGUAUUUCUGCAAAGUUCUUUCGUGGUUUCCAACGAAUGACGUUUCAAAAACGCAAUCGGAAUUGAUCAUCAGAGUAUAUUGAUGACUUCCGCAAAGUGUCCAACGCUUCCCCUCCCUCCCCACCCCUCCCCCUCAUCCCAUCUAGAGUCAUAUUCCAGCGGAUGGUACAAACCCUCGAACAACACUUUUCUACCUGUGCUAUGGGAUUUAACCCUUUACCCUAACAUCAGUAUGUAUAUUCUCCCUAUUGUUCUACCUUCAUUUCCUAUAGUACUUACAAGGAUAAUUUGUCUACCAAGUAAAAUCUUCCUGAGUUCGCGAUCAUCUCCUCUUUUCUCGUAAUCUUAAUAUUUUAUUCAGGGAUGAUACUGUUGGGAGAAGUUAGAUGCGUAUCACUCUUAAGGGUUUAAGGGUUAUCUUUUAUUGUGGCCCCUUUCACCCUCAAGAUUUAAUUACAAAUUAUCUACACUGUUAACUAUACAUUUCUUAGCAUCUAAGCUAUAAGAAUUUAGACUACGGACAGUCUUUCUUUGGUGAGCGCCUCACUCACGACACUCUAAGAGCUCCCCAAUUUUUUUUUUUUCACUUUUUUUUCGAAUCGAACGACGGACUUCGCUAAAAAUGAAGGACUGCUCAUAGUCUACUGAGAAUUUGGUAUUAAAUCAAACAACAUUUCUUAGUUGUUUUUUUUCUUACUUCUGAAAGGGUCAAGUCUUGAAAAUGAAAAAUUUUCUUUGGAAAUGAUCUGGAAAGGGUCUUAAAUGUUUUCUUACAGACUAGUUGUGGACUAACAACAAGCUAGUUUAUAAAAAGUAGACUUAUCCCAAACUCACCUUUUUUGGUUUUUAACUCGGAGAAUAACUGAAAGCUAUUUCAGAGUUAUGGUUAUGACCCAAAAUUCCAUCACUCCCUCCCUCUAUUCCUGUUAACUUUUUGGGAAAGUUUCUGAUUAAUCCAUGAGGGUUGCGCGGUUCGGUUCCUUCGUGGGACUCAGGAAUCUGAGAGCUGAGAACUGGUCAAAAUAAUGAAUGGACACUAUUUUUACUCACAGUAUUCCGAAUAUGAGAAAGUUGUGAUCGAAGACCGCGUGGCUAAAGAACAAGCAAGACGGCAAGCAGAGCAAGAACUGGAAGAACUCAAAUCCGCCACCAAGGUCAGUAAAUACAGCUAUAUUUGGUAUGAGACAGGUAUGGACCGGUUUUAACAUGCAAAUGAAAGUGCCGGGCUGUAACUGAGAUGAAAUAAGUGCUAAAAGUGAGUUAAAUUUCGGAAAAGGGGUUGGCAGUCUGUAAGGUGUUAAAACCACGCGAAGAUCAUGUGUAUUUAUGGUAGGCUUUGUCGAUACACCGAUCGAUAGUCGGUCGAUGCAUCGGUCAGUCCUCUGUCGAUGUUUGACGGAAAGCCGACAGAUAGUCGGCCGAUAUUUCGAUGAAGACAACGGCUGACCAUCACCCGUCCAUUGGACAACCACUAACCGACUUUCAACCUUUUACCGACUAGUUAUCGACCGAAAUAUCGAUCAAAUUUCGUCCGAUGUAGACGUAUACAGCUGUUCCGUGAAAGGUUUUCGGGAAAAAAAUAGACAAAAGUGUACUCGACAAUCGCGAGAGGCACUCUAAGUAUUCAGUGAUAAAUGAAUUUUAAUCAUUCAAAUAAAUAAAAAUUACAUGAAAUCCAUAUCUCGUCCUUACAGUAACGUUUUCCUCAGAUUUCCUUGAAAUCCUGCGGUUAAGGAACUGUGACCUGAAAACUACCCACAAAGCCUUUGUCGCGUGCACUUUUCCGCUUUUUUUUCGACAAGGUUUCUCGCAACAGCUUUAUAUCGACCGAUAUUUGGACUCAUGCUACCUAUUCUACAUAUGAUCUGAUGAAAUUCAGCCCGGCGCCCGAAGGCCUGAGAGCGAUUAACUUUUGUUCUUGCGUCGACAUGCCAUUAGCCAUAUAAUCAUGACGAAGAACUCUAACCUUGACAUUGGAAAACUGACGUGGACAUUUUUCGCGUACUUUUGUUGUUUGUCGUUAACGGAGUUUAAUCAGUUGUUUUUUGAGCUUUGUUUGGAAUUUCAAGAGGUUUUGAAGUUUUUAUUUUAACCAAGUGUUGUGAUUCAUUUAAGAAGUUUAAUACACCUUUUCUCCAUGGAGUUUAGGCUCUAGUCUCUUUUUUUCGUGAAUGAAUUUUUUUACAUUCAUCGAUUUCUGAAGCACGCGGAAAGUUUGGAAAGCACAAAAGAUGAGUGAUAGCUACUUGAAGCAUAGCUAAGCCUGCGAAGUGCAACUCAAGCUUUGUGAGCGCUCUUCACACCUCUUAUUUGGUUCACAACUCAAUGAAUUCACAGCUGAUGAUUAUAUCAAUUGCUCUUCUACAUUUUAAACUUCGUUAUAUUUGUAUAUAUUACGUUUAAUAAUUUAGAGCUAAAACGUAAAUUUCAUUUUAUUUCUUUUCAUGACUUGACGAUGACGCGAAGCAGCGUCAACGCGUCUUCAAAAUAUUUACGAACAGUUACGAGAAGUUUUUCUAUGAAUUUUAAACAACGUUCUAGCGUUGAACUUAGCAAUUACAUCAACUUUUCACGCUUCAAAGUAUGGAGACACAGUCUAGCGCGUAUAUCACGUGGUUAAUCUGAAAACUGUACAUGACAGAAGGAAGACCUGAACGAAACGAGAGAAUGUGAAACAGUUGCGUCAACGUACGUUUCCUCUCUCGUUGAAUGACUUGUUCUGCGUUUAACACGAAGCAAAUAACGGCCUGAUCAAUAUGAAAAAAAAAUGCGUCUGCCCUAAUCAGCUCGCAGGGAGUGAUUACAGUGAGAUGCGACCAGUCAUCAUAUAGCGUGAUCUCCAUAAUCAUCAGACCCGGUUGUUUGAAGGUUGGAUAACGCUGUCCACUGAUUAAAACUCUAUCCGGUGGAUAACGCUAUAUUUUUAGCUAUCACUUAUCUGCCAGAUAGCGUUUUAUCCGUUGGGUAGCGUUAUCCGCCUUUUAUACAACUGGGCUCAGAGUAAUUGUACUAAUAAGAGUUAUUGUCUUUUCUACGCUUGAAUGCAUACACGUCGCAUACACGUCAUACACACGCCAUAAACAUGCACAUGGGAAUAUCGACCACAUUAUUCCAAUUUUUUUUUCUUUCCUCGAAAAAGGAAUAAGAAUCUUGAGACAAACUUUUGAAUCAAGGUUGAUGGAAAAAGGUUGACGCACGCGAUGAAAUGAAAAUUAAUUACACGUAUUUACAUGCUAUGUCCCAAAUUGAAAUUACAUAAACUAUAAAGGGUUUUUCCAAUUGUAAUUAUUAUUUUUUCAGAUACAGUCCUGGUGGAGAGGAACAAUGGUACGUAAACAAUUGGGACCUUACAGUAAGAAAAAGAAGAAGAAGGGGAAAAAAGGAAAGAAAUCUGGGAAGAAAGGAGGAAAAAAGAAAAAGAAAUAA